AUUCAUGGUGCGCUUUAUGUCCUGUUUACAUUCUAGGCGUCGUUUGUUCUGGAGAGCUCAGGUGGAAAACAGAGCACAGACCAAGCAGAACUUUAUGAUCCCAACUAUGAUUCAUCAUGUAGCACCACAGUGGACUUGAUGUGAUGUUUCUAAAGACAAGACGUUCAUGUGAAGACCUGCCUUGAACGUGAAGGCAGGAAAUAACGCGCGCAGCCCCGCUUAAUGGCACAUUGUGCGCAACAGGGAAGUGAACCUUGGCUGCUUUUCAACGAGGCAGAAAGUUCUCCGCCCUGACGCCUAAAGUUUACUUUUCUCUGCGUCAUAUAUAAGGGGAGAAGAAAACCAAACGACGGUAAUUUUUCCAGCAUUGUGGAUAAACGACGUCAGCUCUAAAAGCCAGUUCUUGACGCAGUACUUCAGUGGGAUGGUCGAGCUCUAGGAGAACUUAUGAGCUGGGACAGAAGGAAGAGGCGACGGCCAUUAUAACUGUCCGUGUUUUGAAACCUAACUGUUACAGAAGAACAGCCUAAUUAUGGCCCAGUGGAGGGAAAUGACCUUUCUUCUGAAUAUCAUGGAUGAUCAGACAAUCAGCAGCCUCUAUCCCGCAGCCACCUUCCCAAUUGAAUUUAGACAUUAUCUUGCUAGUUGGAUUGAAGAACAGAGAUGGGAAGAUUUUUCCCUGGAAAACACCGAGCAAGAGGUCCCGGCACAGACUCUUUUAAAUCAGAGCAUCCAUCUUUUGCAAACAGUUGCUCAAGGAAAUGUAAACAAUGUAGUGGAAAGGAUGAAGCUGCUGCAGCUGAGCAAGAACUUGUUGAAUAGUCAGCAACCUCUGGAAUUUGCUGUGAUGGUCAAAGACGUUCUCAGAAAGGAGAAAAUUAUAAUUUCAGAGAAGAACAAGUUGGAGACGAUGCAGCAUAAGGUAAUGUCUGACGAAGAGGAUAUUAAAAAACUGACGAAGAAAGUGGCUUUGAUCAUGGAAUACAGAAAAAGGAUGCACCAGCUGGAAGAAGAAUUCAACUGGGAGAAGCAAAACUAUGAAUGUAUGCAAGCCAUCUAUCAGCAGAAUCCAUCGGAAAUGAAAGAUAGAGAAAUGAAGGCGGUCAUGAACAAAAUCAAGGCGCAUGAGUUUGAGCGACAUAGAUUAUCCAUGGAGCGUAAGCACCUGCUGCGUGACUCUGUGGAACAUCUGAAAAAGUCACAGGAUAAUUUCCUCAGCGCACUGAAUGCAUGGAGGUGGGAGCAGCACAAAUCCAUUAUAGGAUAUCCUUUUAGUGAUGACCUCAACCCUCUGCAAUCCUGGUCUGAGCAGCUGCUUGUGGUGAACAGUAGCCUUAGACAGGAGUUGAUGCUGGUUCAUGAACCCCUCUCAGACAUUGAUGAAGGGCUGAAGGCGCUUCUCAAGGUUCUGAUUGAAAGCUCUUUUGUUGUGGAAUUACAGCCCCCUCAGGUCAUUAAAACACAGUCAAAGUUCUCAGCAACUGUGAGAUAUCUGCUGGGGGAAACACUAAUACCUGGAAAGCCUGUGACAGUGAAGGCACAAAUUAUUAAUGAACUCCAGGCCAGAAGCAUGGGCGCUGCAUUGGGUGAAAAUGUCGGAGAACUCAUCAACAAUUCAGCUGUCAUGGAUAAAAACACAGCCACCAAGAUCACACAUGCCACCUUCAGAAACAUGUCCAUUAAGAAAAUCAAGCGAGCAGACAGAAAGGGAGCUGAAUCUGUGACAGAGGAGAAGUUCGCUCUCAUGUUCUCCACAGACAUCUCCAUCACAGGUUGUGACACUCCUUUCAGGAUACAGAUGAUCUCUCAGCCUGUGGUCAUCAUUGUUCACGGCAGUCAGGACAACAACGCAGUAGCCACCAUCAUAUGGGACUGUGCAUUUGCUGAACCAGACCGGGUGCCCUUCGUCGUUCCAGACCGUGUACUUUGGCAGAUGAUGGUUGAAACUCUGAAUGUUAAAUUUCGCUCAGAGGUCCAGACAAAUCAUGAACUUGAUGCUUACAACAAGCACUUCUUGGCCCAGAAGAUUUUCGACAUGCCUGGCUAUUCGGAUGACUUCAGCCAGAUGAUGGUUACUUGGUGCCAAUUUAAUAAAGAGGUCCUCAUGGGUCGAAGUUUCACUUUCUGGCAGUGGUUUGAUGGAGCAAUGGAUCUGACCAAGAAACAUCUGAGACCCUACUGGAGUGACGGGCUUAUAUUUGGUUUCAUUGGGAAGCAACACGUGCACCUGAUUCUGAAACAGAGUCCCUCUGGGACUUUUUUACUUCGCUUUAGUGACUCGGAGAUUGGAGGCAUCACCAUCGCUUACGUGGCUUAUGAGAACGGGAUGCCGGUGAUCCAGAACAUCCAGCCUUUCAAUAAGAAAGAUCUUGAGAUACGCUGCCUGGGAGACCGCAUUCGGGACAUUGACGAGAUAUUGUACCUGUAUCCUAACUUGCCAAAACACGAUGCUUUCAAAAAGUACUACUCAGGGCGUCAACAGCCAACCAGUUCGGGCUACAUUCCUGUGACUCUGCAAACUAAAGUUGGCUCUGAACCCAGCGUCCUAAAUGUCGAUGGCAACACCUUCCCAACUUCACUUUCACCUGAUAAUUUGCCAGACUUGAAUAGCCUCCCGAUUGUCCCAUCAGAUAUAUCAGACAUGGACAAUGACAGCAUGGAUCAAUUCCAGGAGGCACUGGGGGCGUUACAGAUUCCUGACAAUGAAGAGUCCAGCAACCCUCCUGUCUUCCCUCUACACAAUACGCAAGAUGGCCCCAUGGAGUAUGACUUUUUUUACCCUGAUUUGUUAGAAAAAUCUUCUGCAUGCUGAUUUUGGAGAUCAAGGCAGACAGAAAGUCAAGACUGAAGACGAAUUCAUCUAAUAUAAUUACACGUGCUUGUGGUAUUUUCUACAUCAGGAUCUAGCGUUUGAUCUGAUUGUAAAUAGAAGCUUUUUAGAGUCCAAUUUUUUUUAAUCUCUGGUAAAGAUUGGUCAAAUGUGUUCAUAGCCACCAAAGCUAAAGUCUGUGAUGGGGGUGGCCAUUUUUAAACAAGCAGGAGUAACUAUAAGUUCAAGAUUGCAGCAGCACCAGUCUAAAGUGUCCAAUAGCAGGAUUCAUAGGAAUAAUCCACUUUCAUCCCUUCCCUAUACCACCUAGCACUACUGCACCUUUGUGUCAAGGGUUAUAGUUUUCCUAAAUCUUUUUGUGAUGCAAGGGGAGGUGAUAAGUCUUUGAGCUGUUUAGUCCAACAAAUUACUUUGAAUAACACAUUAUUGUCAUAAAUGUUAUUAUAGACAACAAACUUAAAAGUGAUAAACCAAAAGGUUUUUUAAUUAUUCUGGAAAAAUAAUAAAAUUUAAAUUCUUUAAAUUGCUUGAACCCUGUGCGAAUAAAUGGCUGGAUAAUUGUUAGCUGCUAAUGAGGAUAGGGUUAGCAUCUGGUUCCGAGCUAUCUACUGGGUAUAAAAAAUGGCUAUUUCAGGGUUUUUAAAUAGCCUGUAGAGCAUUUGAUAAUCUCUGGUUCAAAAUCUAAAAUUCUUAGACCGAUCAAACACUGUACCGCAUCUGGCUAACUGUUAGAUGCCAGUGCCGGUAUAGCUAACAUAAUUUUCUGAACUUCGUAUCAGCAAUGAAUUCAAAAGCUAUUGCCCAUUUAUAUUGACUGUAUUAGACUACUUCUGGUUCAAAAUCUUGAAUAUUUAAACUGAUCUGACAUUGUGUUAAUACCACAAUUCGCUAACUAUAAGCAGUAAUACCGCUAAAGUUAGAAUCUUAAACAAAAGGGCUUUUUCACCGCCUUUAAGUACUGCAUUUGAUCAUCCCUGGUUCAAAAUAUAAAAUACUUAGAUUGACUAAUCCUGAACUGGAUUAUUCCACACUUGAUUGAGAUUCUUUUAAAACAGUUUUAGAAUAAUAAUACUUUUAUUCUAUUGGUAAAAACAUGAAAGGGGGCAGUUUUAGUUGGUGCCUUUUUGGUAUUAGGACCACCUUAGAAUGAGUAAAACAUAAAAACCUUAAUGUAUGUAUGUUAAUGUAUGCACAGAUAAUGAUAUGUUAACAAUAUAGGAAUUGUUAGAUUUUCCCCAAUGUUUUCUAAAAUCACAUCUCGUUUCGGUCUUGUGAAGGAGCUGGAUGUAUCACCCCAUUCCAACUUAAAUGUAACACCUCAAGAAUAUAAUUUAUUUUUGGCAACCAUUGUAAUGUCUACUUUAAUGUUAUCCCGUGAAAUAUGUGGGUAACAUGGAUUCCCUAAUCAGCACUAAAAACUGUGGUAUGCUUGAUAACUAUUUACAUGGCAUAUUGGAGCUCCGUACUUACUUUUGGGGUAAAAUUUUGAAGUUAAUUUCACACCUGCAUUAACUUAUGGACUCCCACUGACAUGUGAGAGGAGAGGGUAUAAAAUAGGCCCUGAAUGUAAAGUAAAAAUUAAAUGUAUGAAUGUUGAAAGAACAAAUGUUGAUGGAUGCUUUUUACUAGUGCUGUUGCUUUGUUUAAUUUAAAUUAAUGAUUCACGUGACAUCCCCUUUUCCUUUCUGCCAUUCAUCUGAGGGACCCAACAUGAUCAGGUUAUGGUAUUUGAAUUCUUUAAAUCAGAAACACUUUUUUCUUGUAAUUUCUUUUUUACACUUCAUUUGAAGUGCACUUUGGUGCACUUCUUUGAAAAGCUUGUCUCUACAACAUGAUUUGUUGAUCUGUUCACACUUAAUUAUUUUGCUUGCUUUGCAUGUAUUGAGCUAAAUAAGUGAAUUACUGUACAGCAGCAGGUUCCAUAAGCUGUAAUGUACCUGAACCUACUGGAUGUUCUUAUUUCCUUGUAGUCUUGCUUCUUGUUUAGUUAUGUUUGGGCUGAUUUAAUUGAAAUUGUAUUUUACUGUUGUAUAAUCUAUCCUUACUAACAAAACAUAUAGCCAUACAAUAAUACCCAAUAUGUAUGAUGAAUAGUCAGCUGGGGAUCAGGUCGAGUUAAUGUUCUUUGUUAAAGCUGGGUUUAGUCACACAGGAAACAAAAGUUUUUUUGUCACUUGAGACUGCAGUACUAUACCAUGAUGAUGGACAGUCAUAACAUAUGGCAGAUGCAGUUAAGGUGGUGGGCAAGGCUUUAGCUAUAAACAUGUUUUUUUUUUAAACAAUAUUUGUAUCAAGUACUAGUUGCCAGUAUUUUCAGAAAGCUUUCGUAAACACAUUGUUACAGUACAUACUUACAUACAUACAUUUUUCUCACAUUACUGGCCUAAUGUACACACCGGACAGAUUAUCAGCUCAUCACAAAGACACACAAAAACUACCCCCACAUGAGAGUUAACAUGUUAGGCCAACGACAGUGAAAACCACCACAUGCUAUGAAUGUUCUAAAAGGUGUUGCUGUUUUGUAAAUAUAUUACUGCAAAUUUAACUAUUUCACACUUUUCUGUACUAUAUGUGAUGUGCUUUUAAACAUGUAAGCUGGAUUAAAUGAAGUGUAGCAAAAAUUCCAACUAAAGUUAUAGCACAGAAUUUUUAAAAGUUCUGUUGAGAUUGUAUGUACUUAUUAACUUAACCAGAGUAGAUAAUAACUAGUAGUAGUAGUCUAUUAACGUCUUCUUUUUGUAAACAUACAGAUUAGUUUUUCCUCGAGACUGAAGCUAACUGCUAGUCCUAGAUGUCUACAGUCUGAAAAUAACUCAUAUAUUAAAAAUGUUUUAUAUGUUUAUGUACAAAGAAGGCCAGGUGGACCCCAGUUUGUAACAAUGACCCUCUACAUGCAAAAUGGAUGCUACCAUUUUUGCCCCUUUAUCAAUUCUCACUUGUGGAGUUAAUUUAAUACUUGACAUUCUGGGUAGUCAGUUUCCAACUACCUUAGGGACAUUUUAACAAAUAAAUAUUCAAAGUAAUUUUUAUAAUCUUCUCCAUUUAUUAUAAGAAAUGUGGUUAUUUGACUUAAGAAUUGCCCAUGUCAGUCAGCAGGUCAACUGACCUAAAUUAACCAAAAUCAGUUGAAAUAUUGUUAUAGAUUAUGAUUUGAUGAUCUAUUCAUCAAAACACUGGAGUUUUACAAGAAAUACACGGAUAUGUCUAUGGGUAGAAUAUGGGUUUCGAAUUAGUGAAGGGGUGAAUUGACCUGAACCCCAAUACAGAAAGAUAUAAUCCACUUUAAAAGAUUAACUAAAUAUAAGAAUAUAUUAUUAAUAAUCUAAAAAUAUAUAUAAUAAGAUGUAAAGUGUGUGUGUCUGAAGAAACUGUGUGAUGAAGUAAGGCAGCAUUAAAAAUGAACAAAAUUGUGGUCAUUUGAAUAGCUAAAACUGCAAAAUUUGAAUUGCUAUAGCUAUAAAUUGAUAUGUGUUUUUUUGUUUGUAACAGAUUGUUGCUCUGUGUGGAAAUGCUUUACACGUUCUGUUCUGUAUCACAUGUUUUUGUGGGAGCUGAAAGGUACCCUACCUUUGAGACUGCAAUUGUUUUAACAUGCCAUUAACCCCAUGUAUUAGAUUGUCUGGUAGUUUCAGCCCCCAGGAAAAAUCAGUCUCUGUUUCUUAGGAAAAGAAAGAUGUUAAAUACUCGUAACUGCUCUCCUCAAAAAUUAUUAUUGUGAUAAAAAAAUUGUGUUAUGUUUUAUAGCUCCUGUGUUUCACUGCAAGCCAUCACUUUUACAUUGUUUAUAUGUCAAUUUGUUCAAUAUUCUUUGGUUCCUUGUCAUAUGCAUGCUUCAUGUUUUAUUCAUUACAUAGAUUUUAGUAGAAAUCCCUGAUAAUUGUGAUGACAUAUGCAUAAAAUUUCAAAUUUUGUAAAAGUAAAACUGGCACAAUAAUUGAGUGGAUUUAUUUACAUCCUCAGAACAAUUAGUUUCAUUAUUUCAAAACACUGCAGUUUCUUUACAAGCAGCAGUUGCAGAUAGAUGAAUCACAAAAAUAUCCUUUCGGGUUUGUUUAUGUAAAUGAAGCUGGGGCCAGAAAUGUAAAAUGUGCUCACUGUCCCAUAUGUCUAAGGUGCUCUUGUGCAGCACAUGCAAAUCUUUCUGUAAUUGAUUGUAUACAACCCCAAAUAAAUGGAAAAGAACACAAAAAAAAA